AUGGUACUGCAAAUUGGCGUCAUCGGCCCUACUGGAUUCGGUGGCUCAUAUCUUUGCAUUGAGCUGCUCAACCGCGGCCAUAGUGUGCGAGGCAUAUCCAGGCGGCCAGAGAGACUCGGCAUUCACCAGAGUUAUACACCAUAUGCAAUUGACAUUGAAAGUGCCUCCAUUGAGCAACUAGUCACAGCCUUUACAGGCCUUGAUAUUCUAGUCAAUGAAUAUGGCCCCCACACUUCCGGGGAGCAUGCCUUGCAAUACAAACCGUUUCUUGAAUUGACGAGAAAAAUCAUCAUUGCUGCUAAGGAAACGAAAAUAGACUACUUUAUCAUGGUCGGCGGUUGCGGUUCCCUUCACAUUCCUGGCCAGCGGUUCCAAACUUGCAGCGAAAGCAAGCUCUUCUGGCUCUGGUAUCGCCGUGGAAUUGCAGACAGCCACGCCCAUGUCACAUAUAUGGAAGAGAGACUUGGGUCUAUGGGCUCUUCACUGCGCAAAUACCGGAAUGCUCGCCAACAAGCGCUCAAGGGACGCGCAGACGAUACAUCUCGGAAGCUCAUUCAAGACUAUGAGCAGGCGGUAAUGGACAAGGAUAAUGCACUCGACUUUGUAACAGCUGGUCGAACAAGCUAUAUGUUCUUCGACGGCAAUACCUCAUUCAAGUGGACCUUUGUGUCACCCCCUGCGUUGUACCGCUCAGGUAUCCGAACCGGCUCCUAUGAGACAAUCAUCGACGAGCUCCCAGUCAAACCACCGCAGGAAGGAACACACCCGAGCGUAUUAGAUGGCAGGCUGUGUGGAAUUUCCGCUGCGGAUCUAGCAAUAGCAAUUGCUGACGAGUGUGAGGCUCAGAAGAUGGUUUCGGUGCACUGGAGCGCAUAUGCAGAUAUGUCUGAUGAUACUCCCGUGCCAUCGUAUGUGACACUUUAG